AUGGUUGCCUGUGCUUCAGAUAUCUUCUGUGCCUUAAUGAAGACGAAGAAGCGGAUUGUCGGAAGCCUCUUCAUCGCUGAGGAGGACAGUGGCCCUACCGAUGUCAUGUCGGUGGUGAAUACCGAGAGGGACUUGCUGGAGAAAUCAGGUCUCACCAUCGAGACGCUGAGCGACUGGCGCGUGAACCCCAUGGAGUUCGACAAGGUGAUGAAUCGAUCCCUCGCCGCGUUCAUCAUCGGGCCUGCAAACCAUGGCAUACGAUGUGAGAAGUACGUCAAGGCCUUCGUCGACGAGAUUGAAAAUGACAUGAAGUUCAACCCCUACCACAACUGGUUCCGUGCAGUGGAUGUCGGCCAUGCUACCUGGCGCCUGGCCAACAUUUGUCAGGUGACCGAGUAUUUAGCCUUCCAUGAGACCUUCGCCAUGCUUGUGGCAGCACUUUGCCUUGAUCUGGCUCAUCCCGGGCUGAACAACGGCUUCCUUGUGCAAACCAGGCACCCUUUGGCGAUGACCUACAACGACCGGUCUUGCCUGGAGAGCAUGAGCUGCAGCAGACUCUUCGAGAUCGUGAGCCAACCCCACUGCGCCAUCUUUGAGCCGUUGUCAAAGAACCACUACAACACCGUUCGCAAGGUGGUGAUUGCUGCCAUCCUCAACACAGAUACGGCACAACACUUUCAGAGCGUGAAGAAGGUGCAAAUGUUCUACGAGAUGAACUCGGAGGUCCUCCAGAUGGCAGGCGAAGUCUACCGCGAGCAAGUGGAAGAGGACGAGGAGGAACCCGUCUUCCCGCUCCCCGAGGUCUCAGAUGUCUUCAAGGAAGCCAACAACAAGCAGAUCCUGGUCAACCUCCUGGUGCACUUGGCGGACACCUCGAACUCCACUAAGCCGUUCCGAAUCUGCAAGAUCUGGGCACAGAAGGCUAUGGAGGAGAGCUUCCUCCAGGGAGACCACGAGAAGGCUCUUGGCCUGCCUAUCCAGGCCAUGAACGACCGUUUCAAGGCCAACUUGUCCUUUUCCCAGUUCGGCUUCAUCGAAUAUCUCGUCGCACCCUUCCUGAUGACGGUGAUCAAGGUCCUGCCGCCCGUGGAACCGAUGCUGGCUCAGAUGAUGCUCAACGCAAAAUGCUGGCAGAGUGAAUACGAGGAGGAGGGCUUUACAAGCCCGGAAGAGAGGGAAGCGUUGCAGUCACGAGUGACAGAUUUGGUCCGCCUCUACAAUGAGAGAUGGAAGUAA